GUGAUGGCCAUUCGAUCGGUGCUGCUGCGCUCGGCGGCGGUGCGCGUUUUGGGUGCGCAGACGCGGCGACCUACCACGCUACUGUAUGGCGCGUCGGCGCUAGUGGAACAUUGCGCGACGUUCCACAGCACACGUGCCGCCAUGGAGCCCAGCAAGCGCGACUUCUACGACGUGCUGGGGGUCUCAUCUGACGCCAAUAAGAACGAGAUCAAAAAGAAAUACUACCAGCUAGCCAAGAAGUACCACCCAGACACCAACAAGGCAGAUCCGAACGCAGCCAAGAAGUUCGCAGAGGCCACUGAGGCCUGGGAGAUCCUAGGAGACGAUGACAAGCGCCAAAAGUACGACGCGAAUGGCCACGCCGGCGUAGAUGAACAGGCUGGCUUCGGCGGUGGCGGUGGCUUCCAGGGACAGGGCUUCGAGGAUAUCUUUGGAGAGUUUUUCGGCGGUCAGGGCUUCGGUGGACGCUCUCGCCGCAGCGCCAACCAGCCACAACGUGGCUCCGACAUCCAGGUGGACAUUACGCUCAACUUCAUGGAAGCAGUUAAAGGCACCACGCGCGACUUGAACAUCACUGCCAAUGUCGAGUGUGACACGUGCGACGGAUCUGGAGCCAAGCCUGGAACGAAGAAGAAAACGUGCUCUACGUGCAAUGGAUCUGGUGUGCAGAUCAUGCAGCAGGGAUUCUUUGCUGUAGAGACUCCGUGCCGUCGUUGUCGCGGCGAAGGAUCGAUUAUUGAGUCCCCAUGUGGUAAAUGCCACGGUAAGGGUACAGUCCAGAAGCCGCGUACAGUGGAGGUGAAGAUCCCCGAAGGUGUGGACCAGGGUAUGAACCUUCGUCUCGCACACCAGGGCGAACCUGGCCAACGCGGCGGACCAGCAGGACAUCUGUACGUGGGCAUUCAUGUGCUGCCGGAUCCAUUCUUCAAGCGUCGUAAGACAGAUGUACUGGUGGACGUACCUAUCUCCGUCGCGAAGGCAGUAUUGGGUGGCACGGUAGUGGUGCCGACCUUGACAGGCGAAGUGGAGAUGAAGAUCCCUCGAGGAACACAGCCAGAUACGGUGUUGCAGAUGCGUGGGAAGGGAAUCAAGGAGCUCAACUCGAACCGCCGCGGCUCGCAGCUGGUGAACCUGCAAGUUUGCGUCCCCAAGAACUUGUCAGAGCGCCAGGAGGAGCUGAUGGAGGAGUUCUUAAAGGAGGAAAACGAACGCGCGGAGAGAGGGGAGGAUCCGCACAGCAAGCCGCACUCUUUCACCAAGUCGGUGCGGGACACUGUUGAUCGGAUAAAGAGUUUUAUUAAGGGCUGCAAGGCGGACGAGUCUUCUUAGACGAAUGGAAGUCGACAUCGUCAACGGCGGAGAAAAAGAUGUACAAUGGCUUCAGCACCCGAUUUUGACUACUGCAGGGUCUGUUGCGAGCGUUGUGCUGUGGCCAUUCUGCGAGCCUCUACUGUAGACGUUACAAGCGAAAGAACCAUGAAAGCUGUGAACAAAAUUGACACAAACUGAAGCAUACCUGCAAUCUAGACUGCAA